GCCCUUUGCGGCCUUAGCAGGCUUUUCUCCAUCGGUCGGGCCCGGUUUUUAAGUCCGUCUUCGUUGAAAACUUUCCGGUGAAUUGAGCUGUCUAUUUCAAGCAAGGAAAAGAUGGUUGAGUUAGCCCCUCCAGUUUCUGUGUCACCUUUCAUCAGGGCCUGCCGGUGGGGUUUCCUAACCGCUGGAAUUUUUUAUGGAGCCUUUAACUACAGGCGACUGUCUCGCAAGGAAACAAAGAUUCGCGAGUAUGAAGCCCAGCAGAUGGAGAUGCUCAAGUCCAAGAAGGAAGCAGAGAAAAAGAAACUACAAAGGGAGGAAAUGAUCAGUCUGGCGAAAGACGUUGGUGUUCCAGUCCCUCCCAACUUCUGAGAAGCGUGUGGCCUAUAUUCUCGGGUUCCCAUAGUUGUGUCAUACUGAAGCAUUAAAAACUGUUUUAUUUAGA